AGACCUCUUCUUGUCCUUCGUGGUUAUGCAACUUCUCAAGACGUUUCGACCUUACUUCUAGUUGAACACAAAGAUAAAUCUAUUGCUUCUUCUACACUCAAUGCGUUCACAGCUGCUUCAAAACUCGGUAACAAUAUAACUGCUCUUGUUGCCGGUGAAGAUCCCGGGCAUGUAGCUUUGGAGGUUUCCAAAAUUAAUGGCGUUUCCAAAGUUCUCGUAGCAAAAGAUAAAGCUUAUGAACACGGACUUGCAGAAGUUUAUGCGCCUUUGCUAGCUUCUGCACAGAAACAACUAAAGUUUACACAUUUGGUUGCCUCUCAUUCAGCAUUUGGCAAAAAUAUUAUGCCUCGCGCCGCAGCAUUAUUAGAUGUUGCUCAAAUUUCGGAUGUUAUUGAUAUCGAGUCGCCAGACAUUUUUGUGAGACCAAUUUAUGCAGGGAACGCUAUCGCUAAGGUAAAAUCAAAAGAUCCUAUUAAAGUUUUAACUAUUAGAGGAACAGCAUUUCCUCCCGUUCCUGUAGGAGAUCAGGCAGGAGUUUCAUCUGAGGCCGCGCCUGAAUCCGAGAAACUUGCUUUGACUGAAUGGGUUAGUGAAGAACUUCAAAAAAGCGAUCGACCAGAACUUGGCACAGCAACAAAAGUUGUAUCGGGUGGUAGAGCUUUGAAAAGUAGAGAGAAUUUCGAUAAGUUAAUUUUUAGUCUUGCUGAUUCAAUUGGAGCUGCUGUUGGAGGUUCAAGAGCUGCUGUAGAUUCAGGAUAUUGUGAUAAUGCUAUACAAGUUGGACAAACAGGAAAAGUUGUCGCGCCAGAAUUUUACUUGGCUGUAGGUAUUAGUGGAGCAAUACAACACAUAGCUGGAAUGAAGGACAGUAAAGUGAUAGCAGCAAUUAAUAGUGAUCCUGAUGCACCUAUUUUUCAGAUUUCAGAUUAUGGACUCGUCGCGGACUUAUUCACUGCUGUUCCUGAAUUGACGGAAAAAUUAAAAAAAUGA